AAAAACGGAAGAAAAACAAUCAGGUUCCUUCACCAUCCAAUUCGGCUGUCCCGUUGCUCCUUGGAUGAGACAGACGUAAUUCAAUCCCGGAAACAAGACUACACAAUGACAACCAGUACCGGCCACCUCUGUCGUCUGACCCGCCACCACUUCUCUUUUUCUUCCCCAUCCCUCUUCCGCCCCUCUUUCCAUCUCCCAACCAGACCUCUUCGUUAUUAUUCUGUCGGCACUGUCCGCCGCAUCGCCAUCCUUUCCACCCUCAACAAUCUACCUCGACUCCGCAACUCGUCUGUAUCCGCUAUCAAUUCAAGUUUUCAAGAGUCGAGUGGCCAUUGGGGAGUAGAUGAUGAGAGGUAUGAUGUCAUUGUGGUUGGAGGAGGGCAUGCUGGCUGUGAAGCUGCACUUUCGUCUGCUCGGCUGGGGGCAAAAACUCUGCUUCUCACGCUAAAUAUUGAUCGAAUUGCUUGGCAGCCUUGCAAUCCAGCAGUUGGAGGACCUGCAAAAUCUCAACUUGUACAUGAGGUUGAUGCACUUGGUGGUGAAAUUGGAAAGGUUUCUGAUAGGUGUUAUUUACAGAAACGUAUUCUCAAUGUCUCAAGAGGUCCAGCAGUGUGGGCUUUGCGUGCACAGACUGACAAAAGGGAAUAUGCUUUGACAAUGAAAAUCAUAGUGGAGAGCACUCCAAACCUUUCAGUUAGAGAGGCAAUGGUAACAGAUAUCUUGCUUGGAAAGAAUGACAAUGUUGAAGGUGUUUUCACAUUCUUUGGAAUGAAAUUCUUUGCACCUUCUGUUAUUCUCACAACUGGAACUUUUAUGAGUGGGAAGAUCUGGGUGGGUAGAACUUCGAUGUCGGCAGGUAGAGCUGGUGAGUCUGCAUCACAUGGACUGACUGAGAAUUUGCAACGCCUGGGAUUUGAAACUGAUCGGUUGAAAACUGGCACCCCAGCACGAGUGGAUUGUCGAACUGUUGAUUUUUCUGGAUUGGAACUUCAGCGUGGAGAUGAAGAGGUCAGCUGGUUUAGUUUUGAUCCUGAUUUCCACAUUGAAAGGGAGCAAAUGUGCUGUUAUCUGACACGUACUACAAAGAUUACUCACCAGCUUAUUAAGGAUAACUUGAAUGAAACUCCUACUUAUGGAGGAUGGGUUGAAGCUAAGGGGCCUAGGUACUGCCCUUCCAUUGAAGAUAAGAUUGUGAGAUUUGAAGAUAAGGAGUCACAUCAGAUUUUUCUUGAACCAGAAGGUCGUAAUGUCCCAGAGCUCUAUGUUCAGGGGUUCUCAACUGGCUUACCAGAAAGGUUACAGUUACCACUCCUGAGAACAUUGCCUGGUCUAGAGAAUUGCUCAAUGUUAAGGCCUGCAUAUGCUGUUGAGUAUGAUUAUCUUCCAGCUCACCAGUGCUCUAGGUCUCUUAUGACAAAGAAAAUUGAGGGUCUUUUCUUCUCUGGUCAGAUAAAUGGAACCACGGGUUAUGAAGAGGCAGCUGCACAGGGCAUUAUUUCUGGUAUUAAUGCUGCCAGACAUUCAGAUGGUAAGCCACUCAUUGUUCUCGAGAGGGAAAGCAGUUACAUAGGGACACUGAUUGAUGAUCUGGUCACUAAGGACCUUAGGGAACCUUAUCGCAUGUUAACAAGCCGUUCAGAACAUCGGUUACUGCUUCGUUCUGAUAAUGCCGAUAGUCGUCUCACCCCCUUGGGACGUGAAGUUGGGUUGAUAGAUGAUAGACGCUGGAAAAUGUACCAGGAUAAACAAGCUCGAAUUGAAGAUGAAAAAGAGCGAUUAAAAACUGUCAGGAUUUCAGGAGGAGACUUAGCUGCUGACGUUACACAGCUCUCUGGUCAACCUGUCAAGGAUUCUUCAACACUAGAGACUCUUCUUAAGAAACCACAUAUACAAUAUAAGCUUCUAGAUAAGCACGGUUUUGGAAACAACAUGCUAUCUAGAAAGGAAAAAGAAUGUGUUGAGAUUGAUAUAAAGUAUGAGGGCUUCAUUUUGCGACAGCAAAUCCAAUUACAACAGAUGGUCCAUAAACAACAUAGACUGCUUCCGAAGGACUUGGAUUAUUAUUCAAUGACAACACUGUCUCUCGAAGCACGUGAAAAACUUUCUAAGGUCAGGCCACAAACUAUUGGUCAAGCAAGCAGAGUAGGUGGAGUAAGUCCUGCUGAUAUAACUGCCUUGCUCAUCAUCCUUGAAUCCAACCAAAGAAAAGCGCAAGAACAGAGAAGGCAGCAGAUGCUAGCUUCUCUCACAGUUGACAGUGAGACAGAUAGCAUGUCCAAAGCUCCUUUGACAGGGACAAUAAAUUCUUGAUACCUCAUCACUAACUGCAACAUUCAUAUGUACUCUCAUCAGAUCCCAGAUCUGAAAUUAUGUUGAAUGGAAGCAUGCGGCAGCUUUACUUUAUUGGCUCCUUCAUAUGCUGUUUUUGAGAACAUCUAAAUGAAGAUCUGAUUCGGGUUCUAACAAUCAAGAACGCAAAGAUUAUAUCCUUUAAAGGAGGUUGGUAGCAGGAGUCUGGAAAUUCAUUGCUCCUUUCUGCCUUUACUUGGCAGGUUCUGAUAAUGUCAUGUUCCUUUUGGCUAUGGCGAGUUUUGGAUGCAACCCAGUAUCCACUUCUCAAGUACGUAGAAGUGGCAACUUCUCUCUCCAUUUUUUUCUUUUAAAUAUUCAAUAGAUGUAUCUAUUGUCCCACCAAUAAUCAUUUUGGAUCAGUUGGCUAUUUUAUUAGGGGUAAUGAUAUUUUAUCA